GAUAUCGACCCAUCGGCGUCACUGUUUGUUUUGUUGCAAUUUACAAAUCCAAACUUGUUAGUUUCUAUACUCAAAAUGGGCGAAGAAACAAGCAAUUCUACGCAAAAUAAAACACGCACGAAAACAACGCGACCCAAGGCGGUUUAUUUGUGGACAGUGAGCGAUGUGCAGAAGUGGUAUCGACGCCACUGCGGCGAAUACACCCAAUACGAACAGCUCUUCGCCCAGCACGAUAUAACCGGAAGGGCCUUACUCCGCAUCACAGACUCAUCUCUGCAGCGGAUGGGAGUUACGGACAACAAGGAUCGGGACGCCAUUUGGCGGGAGAUCGUAAAGCAGCGACUAAAGACGGACAUUAUGGAAAUCCGCGAUAUGGAGAGGCUUAACAUACACUAGGGAUAUAGUUGUUGAUAUAUUAGAAUAGAUUAAAAUUAAAAUUGAUUAAAGAUAAAUCACUAGAUUUCA